ACAUCCGAUAAGAAAAAUACAAGCACCAUGAAUGUUGAAGAUAGAUCAACAAAAGUGAAGAUAUAAUAUCCGAUACAAAGUGCAGUAGUGUGGUGUGAAUUUUUAAUUUUUCAAAUAAUACGGCCAAAAUGUCGCUUCCGAAUAUACAGAAAGCAAUUAGUUUGGAAAUUCUUGCCGUCAAUAAAAGCAAUAACAAACAGACUUUGAUUCAAAAAGUCAAAUAUGCCGUUACUCAUAUAACUGUUGAACCACUAGUGUUUUUCUACAUUUUACCUGGAGUUAUGGGAUUAUUGACUACACAAAAUUUAAACCUUGAAAAAGCAUGUCGAGUUAAUCUUCAAUUCAACGAAUCUGUAUGCGAUGCCAUGCUUAAUCGAGAUCAGACAGGAUAUGAAACUUACCAUGAAACUGAAGUACAUAAACUGGUGUCAAGAAUGCUCACAAUCAAAACCAUCGUAGUAGGUUUUUUCCCGACGUUGCUCAUGUUGUUCUUUGGUUCUUGGAGCGACAGACAUCAAAGAAGGAAGCCGGUGAUUCUAAUACCAAUCGCCUGUGAUACAAUAAGUGGUUUUGGCUUGCUGAUAUGUGCGUACUACUUUAUGGAGCUCUCAAUUUAUUAUGUACUCUUCUUUGAUUGUAUUCCUUAUGCACUUGGUGGGGGGUGGAGUUGUGUAUUUCUUGGAGCAUACAGCUAUGUCAGUGGACUCAGCACAGACGAAGAAAGGACUAUUCGUAUAGGAAUUCUAUCCAUGUUCCAAAAUGUUGCAGUGGCAAUUGGCAAUGUUCUGGGCGGUUAUUUUAUAGGUCCACUAGGUCUUUUUGGAUCCUACGUGGUAUCCGUUAUAAUAAUGACUUGUUGUUUCGUUUAUGGAAUGAUAAUAAUCAAAGAUCCAAAGAGAGAACAAGAAAAUGCUAUAGAUGUACAGAAGAAAGGUUUUAUUCGAGAUUUUUUAGAUGUUCAGCAUAUUAAGAGCACGUUUCAAAUUUGUUUCAAGGAAGGGCCAAGUAAUAGAAAAUGGAGGGUUAUAAUAAUCAUGAUAGCUACAGUUUUAAUAUUAGGGCCACAACAAGGUGAAUUUGUGGUAUUUUAUUUGUACACAAGAUACAAAUUUGAAUGGAAUGAAGUCAACUACAGUAUAUUUAACUCUUUGCAAUUCAUUGUUCAAAUCAUUGGUUCCAUAUUUGCAUUAUCAUUUUUUUCGAAAAAACUGAAAUUUGAUGACGCCACAUUAGGAAUCAUUGCAUUGGUAAGCAAGAUAUCAGCUUGCUUCGUAUAUGCGCUUGCGCCGACUGGUAAUUACUUUCUCAUGGGUUGCUUAGCAGAAAUAUUUCAUGGAACUUGCCAUAUUGCUUUAAGGUCCUUGAUGGGAAAAAUUGUUCCACCUCAUGAAUUGGGCCAAUCCAAUUCUGUAUUUGGAGUAUGCGAGGCGAUAAUGCCACUUGUAUUUGGUCCAUUUUAUGCAACAUUAUACUACUACACUAUAGAAUAUUUUCCUGGGGCGUUUUUGUUAGCAUCUGCUACUUUUUACGCAAUGACACUACCUUUAUUCGUCAUGUUGUACAAAUUCAAUAUGAAGGACAAAAAAAUUACCAAAAAAAAUCUAAAUGAGAUGGAGCAAGAAAAAAAUCUUCUAAAGAAAGCUCUCAAUAAAGGAAGAAAGAUGUCUUUGAAUGCUUUGAAGGCAUAAAGUCUUUGGGUGCAAUUCAAAAUCUAUGUGAUAUCACAAUGUUAACUUACAUUUUGUACAAAACAAAUUAAUUAUGAUACAAAGUCAAUCUAUGUACACUACAUUAUUUAAUUGGUAUUUAUUUUUUAUACUAGAAAAUAUAAUUCUCUAGGAAUAUUUAUUUCAUCUGAAAGAGAAGAGAUAUAUAAUUUUAACUUAUUGAUUUCAUUUCACAUUAUACCUAAAAUCAUACUCCUAGGCAGAUUUUCUGUACUCUGUAGAUACUUUAGUAAAUUACUUUAUAGUUA